AUGUCAUCUCAACGCCGUAAGGCAUUUACGAUGGAGGAGAAAGGUGUAAUAAUAUGCAGAUUAGAAAAUGGAGAAUCAAACUCGUCUAUCGCAAAGGAAUUUGGCGUGGGUCAUUCGAUGAUCUCGAUGAUUUUUAAAAACAAGAACCGUAUUAAUCAAUCGUUCAAUUCAAAUGUUUUGAAACCGAAGAGGCUUCGAAUUUCGCGACAACAAAAUGUUGAUGAAGCAUUAAUUCAGUGGUUUGAAAUCAUGAGAAACAAAAGAAUACCUAUCAGCGGCCCUAUGCUACAGGAAAAGGCAAAUGUCUUUGCCGCGCGUUUUGGUCUUCUCGAUUUCAAUUGUUCUGCAAGCUGGAUCAGUCGUUUUAAAGUUCGACAUAACAUUGUGGCGGGAAAAAUUGUCGGUGAAACUUCGUCUAUUGGUUAA